AUGGGGGAGGCUGCGGGAUUCUGCGCAGGCCAUUGCGGCGGCGGUGGAAAUGGGGCGCAGGGGCGGGGGCAGGAGGGAGAGGUGGAGGGGUGCGGGACUCGGCUGUUUUUUUUACUUGGGCCAGCAAAGAGAGGUUUCUGGAAGCAGCGGGGCUGGCGACGUUGCGGCGGAUCCGGGGCGGCGCGGGGCAAGGAGGGGAGGGGCAGCGCCUGGGAGAGGAGGGACGGCAUGCCGGGCCGAGCGCCGCACGGGAAGGGCUGCACCCUGGAGGAGCAGCGGUUGGUUGCAGAGAACGACGUCGAACCGGGGCUGGGGUGGCUGGCGGCGGCCUGCGGGUGCCGGAUCUGGAGAUGGGGCGGCGGGCCUGGAGCUGCGAGACCUGGGAGCGACGGGAGCGCGGGCGUGGUCUCGGGCGGGUGCGGCGCGCGUUUGGGAUAG